GGAAUGGAAAACCAUUCCACCGGUUGUGCUUUACUGUAGACAAUUAGUCUCUACAUCUUGCUGUGGGAGGAGAUGGAGAGUGAAUUAAAACUCUCUGAAUCACUCCAUCAGCGCAGUCAGCACUGUAAAACUUGAAACUAAAAAAAGGCAGUCAUUAUGGUCUCUUGGUCACAAUCAGAACGGAGUGCCAUUGUAGAUCUCUGGGACAAAAUUAAUGUCGAUGAGAUUGGGCCUCAGGCCCUGGCAAGAGUACUGAUUGUCUACCCCUGGACCCAGCGCUAUUUUGGCAAAUUUGGAAAUUUGAACAGUGUAGCUGCCAUCCUGGGGAACCCCAAGGUCACUGCCCAUGGCAAAGUUGUGCUGAAUGCUCUGGACAACGCAGUGAAGAACCUGGACAACAUCAAGGAGACCUAUUCGAAGCUGAGCCAGCUCCACUGUGAGAUUCUCAGUGUAGACCCCGAUAAUUUCAGGCUUUUUGCCGAUUGUCUCACCAUUGUGAUCGCGAACAAAUUCGGAGCCGCAUUCACCCCUGAAAUUCAGGCUACAUGGCAGAAGUUUCUGGCAGUCGUCGUCGCCGCUAUGAGCAGCCGCUACUUCUAAACUUUCCAUCAAGACAUAAGUGCAACAAAUAAAUGUUUAAAUGAGCCAUCUGAAUUUAGUACACUUUUUUCCACCCACAGAGCAUACGAAGAGUAACUAAUGAAAUGUCGGUUUUAUUAUUUAAUGAUUCACCACUUUACUCAUGUGAUUAAAAGUGGAACAGCUUGAUAAAAAUUCUCCUUCAUGUAAUAUUAGUCAUAAUUUCUUUUUUUUAAAGACUAGUUAUUAAAUGUAUCUAUCCAUCAGGUUACAUUAAAUUAAUUCAUGUGAAAAUUA